UUCUACGAUUUUGUUAUUGAUUUUUCAAUAUUGUUACACAUGUGGGUUUUUUAGUAGACGAUAUCAUUUUUCAAAAAAGAAUAAAGGAAAAAUGAUAUUGUCAAAAUUAUUAACGACACCAUUACAAUGUCAUAGAUUAUCUUAUUCAUUCUCGUCACGACAAAUUUUGAUGGUUGAACAUUUUCACAAGUAUCGUCAUCAAUGUUUAUCAUGGCAAUUCGGUUGUCAAAGGCAAAAAUUUAUCAAAUAUCCUUUGAAAAGUGGCUCGAAUUUAUUCGUUAUCAAACGAGAUUUUAAACCACCCAAUUCCUUUGUUAAACAUAAAGAAGGAUAUCUUGGACAAGCAUUGGACAAAUUUUUGAUUACCUUCGCUAUUGGUUUUUUUCUCACGUUUUUCAUCGAUUUUCGAUUUAUAUGGUAUGAAGUGGUGCCUAGUCCUAUUCGAACUCUAUUCGAAACAAUAUGGUCACUAAUGAGAAAAUGGGCAAAAAAUUAUUUGCCGAAAAGAGCGGAAGGAUUGGCCAAAGCUGAUUGUAAAUCCACAUAUGAAUCGAGAACAUCCGAAAGUGAUGAUCAUGUUGGAGCCGAUCACAGUAUACUAGAUUCGAAUAUCAUUCAUAAUCUAAUGGCCGUAUUUAAUUUCAAUGCCGAUGAAAGUCGUGCUGAUGGUUUUCGUAAUAAACGUAUUAUUGAAUAUGAAAAUCGUAUUCGUCAUUAUUCAAACCCGGAUAAAAUAUUUAGAUAUUUCGCUACCGUAAAAAUUGUUUACAAUUCAAAAGAAUCGGAAAUUUUCAUGACACCAGAUGAUUUUCUUCGUGCAUUGACGCCCGGUAUUCGACAACCUGAAGGUUUGGGCCUUGAUCAAUACAAAGUGAUCGACAUGACCAAAUCCAACGGCGAUGAUUUUCAAUCGCUUUUCAAUCAUCAGUUAUUAUUAUCCUCCUGUAUCUCAGGAAAACAAGACUAUAAAAAUAUCAGAUUGAAACCGGAAAGCAUAUUCUAUAGGCUAAGCAAAUUUGGAUUGAUCAAUUUUCCGGAUUUUCUAUUCCUUUUAACUGUUAUAUCAGUUUCUCCACGUAAUUUUGAGAUUGCAUUUCGUAUGUUCGACCUAAAUGGCGAUGGUGAAGUUGAAUAUGAAGAAUUUGCCAAAGUUCAAAAUGCAAUACUUGCACAGACAAGUGUGGGUAAAAAAAUGGGCAAAUGUAUACGUUAUAAAGGAAUCAGUUCAGCUAUAUCGAAAUAUUUUUUCGGCAACAAUCUCGAACAACGAUUGACAAUCAAUCGUUUCCUACAUUUUCAGGAGACAGUACAGAAAGAGUUGCUUACACUUGAGUUUGAACGAAAAAAUCCUGAUCCUAAAACCGGUAAUAUAGCAGAAGUAGAUUUUGCUGAUCUAUUGGUAGCAUAUGCAUUGUUUGCCGAAAAGAAACGAUUACGAAUGAAUAAACGUGUGAUAAACAAGUUUGUUUCUGGCCAUAAUAACAGCAUGACCGCUGGUAUAUCAUUGGAUGAUUAUUUGAAUUUUUUCCGUUUCCUACAACACAUUAACGAUGUGGAUAUUGCAUUGGCCAUCUAUCAUAUUGCCGGUGCAUCCAUUGAUCAAGCAACAUUAAAACAUGUAGCGAAAACAGUUGCCCAUGUCAAUCUUUCUGAUCAUUUGAUCGAUGUUGUCUUUACCAUUUUCGAUGAUGACGAGGAUGGCCAGCUUAGCCACAAGGAAUUCAUUGCAAUCAUGAAAGAACGAUUACGUCGCGGUCUUUCGAAACCGAAGGAUACAGGAUUCAUACAGAUAAUGCAUACAGUUUGGAAAUCAUUGACUUCUUUUGAAUGAGUAUUGAGGAAAACAGCCAUUGUUUGAAUUUGAUUGUUCAUUUGUAAUAUAACUUUAGUUUCAAUUGUAGAAACAAAAAUCUAAUAUCUAAUCGGAAAAUUGAACCUGAACCUUAAGGUAACUAGGAUAUAGAAAUUUUCUACUCAUUAAAAUACAAUAAAAUGACAAAAUUUUUUAGUUUUCA